GCCAGAUCUGAUCACCUGUCUGGAGCAAGGAAAAGAUCCCUGGAAUAUGAAGAGACACAGUAUGGCAGCCACACCCCCAGUUAAAUGUUUUCAUUUUGCCCAGGACCUUUGGCCACAGCCAGGCAUAAAAGAUUCUUUCCAAAAAGCGAUACUGAGAGAAUAUGGAAAAUACGGACAUAAGGAUUUACAGUUAAGAAAAGGCUAUAAAAGUAUGAAUGAGUGUAAUGUGCACAAAGAAGGUUAUAAUGAACUAAACCAGUGUUUGACAACUACCCAGAGCAAAAUAUUUCCAUGUGAUAAAUAUGGGAAAGUCUUUCAUAAAUUUUUAAAUUCAAAUACACAUAAGACAAGACAUACUGGAAAGAAACCUUUCAAAUGUAAAAAAUGUGGCAAAUCAUUUUGCAUGCUUUUACACCUAAGUCAACAUAAAAGAAUUCAUGUUAGAGAGAAUUCUUAUCAAUGUGAAGAAUGUGGCAAAGCUUUUAAAUGGUUCUCGACCCUUACUAGACACAGGAGAGUUCAUACUGGAGACAAAUCCCACAAACAUGAAGAAUGUGGAAAAGUUUUUAACCAGUCCUCAACUCUUACUAGACAUAAGGUAAUUCAUACUGGAGAGAAACACUGCAAAUGUGAAAAAUGUGGCAAAGAUUUUAAACAGUCCUCACACCUUACUAAACAUAAGAUAAUUCAUGCUAGAGAGAAACCCUACAAAUGUGAAGGAUGUGACAAAGCUUUCUGCCAAUUCUCAAACCUUACUAAACAUAAGAUGAUUCAUACUGGAGAGAAACCCUACAAAUGUGAGGAAUGUGGCAAAGCUUUUAAUUGGUACUCACACCUUACCAGACAUAAGAUAAUUCAUACUGGAGAGAAACCCUACAAAUGUGAAGAAUGUGGCAAAGCCUUUAAUGUAUUUGCAACCCUUACUAGACAUAAGAUAAUUCAUACUGAAGAGAAACCCUACAAAUGUGAGGAAUGUGGCAAAGCUUUUAAACAGUCCUCAAACCUUACUACUCAUAUGAAAAUUCAUUCUGGAGAGAAACCCUACAAAUGUGAAGAAUGUGGCAAAGCUUUCUUCCGAUUCUCAUACCUUACUACACAUAAGAUAAUUCAUACUGGAGAGAAACCCUACAAAUGUGAGGAAUGUGGCAAAGCUUUUAACUGUUACUCCUACCUUACUGCACAUAAGAUGAUUCAUAGUGGGGAGAAACCCUACAAAUGUGAAGAAUGUGGCAAAGCUUUCUACCGAUUCAUAUACCUUACUACACAUAAGAGAAUUCACACUGGAGAGAAACCCUACAAAUGUGAAGAAUGUGGCAAAGCUUUCUACCGAUUAUCUUACCUUACUACACAUAAGAUGAUUCAUACUGUAGAGAAACGCUACAAAUGUGAGGAAUGUGGCAAAGCUUUUAACUGGUACUCACGCCUUACUAUACACAAGAGAAUUCAUACUGGUGAGAAACCCUACAAAUGUGAAGAAUGUGGCAAAGCCUUCAGUGUAUUCUCAACUCUUACUAAACAUAAGAUAAUUCAUACUGGAGAGAGACCCUACAAGUGUGAAGAAUGUGGCAAAGCCUUUAAUGUAUUCUCAACCCUUACUAAACAUAAGAGAAUUCAUAAUGAAGAGAAACCCUACAAAUGUUUAGAAUGUGGCAAAGCUUUCUACCAAUUCUCAUACCUUGCUACACAUAAGAUGAUUCAUACUGGAGAGAGACCCUACAAACAUGAAGAAUGUGGCAAAGCUUUUAACUGUUCCUCACAAGUUACUAGACAUAAGAUAAUUCAUACUGCAGAGAAACCCUACAAAUGUGAAGAAUGUGGCAAAGCUUUUAAAAAGUCCUCAAACCUUACUAAUCAUAAGAUAAUUCAUACUGGAGAAAAACCCUACAAAUGUGAAGAAUGUGGAAAAGCUUUUAACCAGUCCUCAACUCUUACUAGACAUAAGAGAGUUCAUACUGGAGAGAAACCGUACAAAUGUGAAGAAUGUGGCAAAGCUUAUAACUGGUCCUCAAACCUUACUAAACAUAAGAGAAUUCAUACUGGAGAGACACCCUACAAAUGUGAAGAAUAUGGCAAAGCUUUUAACCAAUCUUCAACCCUUACUAUACAUAAGAUAACUCAUAUUGGAGAAUAACAUUACAAAUGUGAAAAAUGUGGCAAACCUUAUCACCGGUACUCAUACUUUACUACACAUAGGAGAAUUCAUACGGAAGAGAAAUUCUACAAAUGUGAAGAAUGUGGCGAAGGCUUUAACUGGUCCUCUACCCCUACUUGUGGGCAGCAACCCACCCAGGUGCUCAGGCAAGAGACUGAGGGCACGAAUUGUUCCAGUAUAAUAAAAUAUAUAAAAUAAGAAUAGUUAUGCUAGAUGUAGAUAAUAGAUAUGAUUAUAUGUGAAUAUCAUUAAUCAUUAGUUUGUAGCAAUUACUCUUUAUUCCAAUAUUAUAGUAAUCCUUGCUCUAUAAUCAUAAACCUAGGAAAAACCAGGCCAUACGGAUAUAGGAGUUGAGGGAACAUAGCGAGAAGUUACCAGAAGACAAUAGUGUGAGUCCUCUGUCAUGCCCAGACAGGGCCACUAGAGGGCUCCUUGUAACACCAGUGUCUGGGAAGAUGUCCUUCACCAAGCGGACCAUGGUCUAGUGGUAGUGUCAGUGCCAAGGAAAAGCACCCGCUACUUAGCAGACCGUGAAAGGGAGUCCCCCUUUCCCAGGGGAGUUUAGAGAAGACUACUCCACUGGGCCCGCCCACAGUUAUCCAGAGGCCUAACCGUCUCCCUGUGUUGCUGUGCUUCAGUGGUCACUCUCCUAGUCUGCUUUCAUGUUCCGUCAUGUACACCUGGCUCUGCCUUCUAGAUAGCAGUAGCAAAAUUAGUGAAAGUACUAAAAACCUCUGCUACAAAGAAAUAACGGCAUGGGCUGUGUCCUCUCUCUCUCUCUGUCUCUCUGCCUCGGCUGCCAAACAGGGAAGGGCCCCCUGUCCAGUGGACACAUGACUCGUGACCUUGUCAAUCAUUGGAGAUGACUAGCACUCCUUACCCUGCCCCUUUCGCCUUGUAUCCAAUAAAUAACAGUGCAGCCAGACAUUCGGGGCCACUACAGGUCUCUGUGUCUUGGUGGUAGUGGUCUCCCAGGCCCAGCUGUCUUUUUUUUUUUAAUCUCUUUGUCUUAUGUAUUUAUUUCUACAAUUGCUCAUCUCUGCACACAGGGAGAAAAACCCAACAACCCUGUGGGACUAGACCCUACACUUACUAAAGAUAAAAAAGAGUUUGGGUGUGGUGGCUCACACCUGUAAUCCCAGCACUUUGGGAGGCUGAGGCGGG